GCUUGUCGAGCAGAGCUGUUAUCAGCAGGCGAAGCGUGCGACAGUUGAAACGUGUAGAGUCGAUUGUUGGUGAGAAACAGUGCCGGAUCGCGUGCCGUCAAUUUUGUCACUACGGGAAGUGAAACAAGCCGCGGAUCGGAUAUUCCAAGACCGAUGAUACAACCUUCCAUUAAUCCCACAGAUACUGCGGAUUCCCGAGGACGUGAUCGCCAGAAUCCAUAGGUCGAUCCUCGCCUUCGGAGCCUAAAGACAACUGCGAAAAGAAAGCCAUGGUUUCGUCCACGGGUCCUGAAAAUGUGAAGUCCAGUUCGCCGCAAACAACUUCAAAAGCUGUCGGCGUUCCACCUGGAGAUUAUCGACUCGUCGGCUGGGGUAUGGAUGCUACAGGACGGAAAUUAAUAGACGAGAUUUGCCAAAUUGCCGGAUAUACACCUAGUUCAACGUACGCCCAGUACGUGAUGCCUUUCAAGGAUCUAAAUCCAACAGCCAGGAAAAGGCACAAUAUUAAAGUAGCCAACACGGGAAAGUUCCGCGUGCUCAAGGAUAGCAAAACUAACAAGAUGCUGAAAACGAAAAGUGAGGUGUCCGCCUUAACGGACUUCCUCACUUGGCUCGAAUCCGUGAAGGGCGAUGCUGUGGACGGUAUCAUCUUGGUAUAUCACGAACCUCGUAAAGUGAUCCCUGCCAUGUUAUGCGAAUCCCUGAAGAAAUACAAUCUUCUAGACAAGUUUAACCAAAUCGUUAAGGGAUUUGCAAAUGGAUUUAAUAUCGCGGAGGCAAAGUGCACGGGCACCGUUAACACGUUUUCUUUGCGCACUCUAUCACGAGUGCUCCUCGAUAAGGAUGAACAGCUGUGCAACGCAGUUGAUAGAGCACGUCUCGCUCUGCAAAUUGUCCAACAUUUGAGUGAUGGUGAAGAAGUUACCAAAGGAAUCGAAGCCAGUGGAAGGGGAGAUAGCGAUGCCACCGCGAAAGGAACUAUUGAAUUAAUUCGCGAAUUCGUUCAACCCACGCAUGUGGAAAUAGAAGAGUUAGCAGAAUUGAAAUUGGUUCUCCAACGGCAAAAUGGGUUGCAGCCAAUAUUCGGUCCACUUCUACGUGUACGUCGAGAUCGUCAAUAUGCUAGCCCAUUACGUCGUCUAUUAGCCGAAGCCGGUAUCGAUUAUAAACUCUUACAGGAAGCAUGGACAAAUCAGAAGAAAGAGGGUCUUGAGAAACUGAUCAUAGAAAAGGUGAUAGCAGCUACACCGAAGGAUGUGCAGGAUCUGCUGGACCUUCUGGAGUGUCACUUCGAUCCUGAGAAAAUACCGAAAUUUCGAGCUGAACAGGAAAAACGAGAUGUCAAGAAAGGUUCCCCCAAGAGUACCGAAACCAAGGAUAACAGUAAAACCGACUCGUCCGAAACGGAAAGCCCCGACACGACAACGGCCGGGUCUCCUCUCAAAGAAAAAAUCGAAUCUGAAAAUGUCAAGGCAGAGAUCGCAGCAAAUUAGUGGCCCGACGUCCACCAUAAUGCCUCGUGCAGUUUACAAUUUAUUCUCGAGGUUCUUACAUUCCUAUUCCAAAGAGCAAGAUUUACGCGUUUUAGUUUACACUUAGUUGUUAUGCUAUCUUUGGGUGGUCUGGUUAAAUAAGACUAACACAUGUAAGUCUCGGAGACUGUGUUGCGCGAUGCCUUUAAGUAAACUGUAUUAGCGUAAUUAGGUUUAAUUUAGCAUGCGAACCAAUUGUCGGAUAGCCAUUGCUAUUGUUAACUUUAUGAGAUUUUUUCCUAUUUAGCUGUAUACCACUUACCGUUAAACUUCAUGAGGACUGGUUUCCUCUUUAAUUUUUACCGCGAGGGCACAAUAGUUUUCUUUUAGUUCGUUUAAGGAAUGCAAUAAUUCUAAGCAAGCAACGGGUUUUAAACCUGCAUUAAUGUACGAACGAGGAUCUCGUAAUGAAAGUAUUCGUGUAAGAGGAGUUCGUCAAGCGAAUAAUUCUGGUUUCACGUUGUUACCUGAUCCACCGUACUGUGCCAAAUGGUAUUCCUGCGUUACGUUCAGAUCUCAUUGUAUUACUGUAGCAUAAUGCAAGCUGUUAUAAUAAAGAUACGAUUUGAUAACUUUACAA